AUGCCGCAAAGACGCCCCCAUGCCAAGUCUACCGGGGGGUGCAGUCGAUGCAAGAAGCGUCGGAUCAAGUGCGAUGAAAGCGGUCCCCCUUGCACCACCUGCAGAGCUCGAAAUGCGGAUUUUGAAUAUCUCAAUGCCUUUCGGGCCUCUAGUUGGAUGCGAUCGACUGAACACAUAUCUAGAGAGAAUACUAUAAAGACGGAUAGAGCACCACACCAAUCUCAACAUGUGCCUGAGUCUGACCCGAUUACCCCGUCCGUAUCAUCCCGCAAUCGAGAACUACAGUUGAUGCAUCACUGGACAUUACACACAUGUCAUAGCUUCUCGGCCAUAUUCAGUGAGAUAUUUCAGACGUGCGCGGUGCAGCAGGCAUUACACUAUCCAUAUCUGAUGGAUUCAUUACUGGCCCUUACGUCGCUGCAUAUGGCGUCUGAACUCCCGGACACUGCGGAAAAGACCAAGCUUCGCGAGGAUGCACUACGAUAUCAAAGCCAGGCCAUGCCUGUCUUUCGAAUGGAACUAGGGAAUGUCACACGGGUGAAUUGCCAUGCUCUUUUUGCGUGUUCUGUCAUAACGAUGGCUUGUACUUUUGUGCUUCCCUCCUUAACAUCCACCACGGAAGGAGAUGUUGAAGCACAAACAUCCACUGACCUCAAGUCUCUCUUCCGCCUCGUCAGUGGAACUCACUAUAUCAUAGAUCGAGCACGCGUGUCUCUUGAGGCAGGGCCAUUUAAAAUGAUCAUCCAACCUUGGUCGGGGGCAAAUCCAGCAUUCUUACCACCGGGCGAGCGUGUUCUCCCAAUGGAAUUGAAGACGCUCUGUGAAGGUUCAUUGUCGCAGAGACUUUAUGAACAUGCUGUCGAUUCCCUUGAACGCUAUGCGAUGGCAGAAGGGAUGGUUAUCCCGUGGAUAAUGGUCGCUGGGGAAGAAUUCAUCGAGCGAGUUCAAGAGAGAGAGCCUUUGGCAUUGUUGAUCUAUGUCUGUUGGGCAGCACUGAUGGCACGUCAAGAGAUGUGGUGGGCCAAGACUGCCGGAAUGACGAUUGUGCAGAAUUAUCGACGUUUCGAAAGUGAUAAAACAGACCGGGUUGUGAGAUGGGCAAGAGAAAUCGCAAAGAUAGACACAUAA